AGCUUUUCUCUUACCUACAAAGCAAUCAUUGAAACCAUAUUGGCUUUUGAGGAAAAAACAAAGCAAGUUGAAAGUGGAAGAUGGAACCCACCAGCAGUACUGCACCGACAAGGGACAGGAAUGACCUUAGGGUAGGGCCAAAUGUGGAGGAGACCUUUACAGGAAUGGAAAAAGGAGUAGAAGUUGAACAAGGUCGUGUGAAUGAAGAGGGAGAAGGUACCGCACAAUCUGUGACAAAUGAGAAUGGGGAAGAAGAAGAG